GAUCGAAAGUCCGUAAACCCACGAUGUUUUGUAAGGCCACGAUGUUUUUCGGCUAUUUCGAUGAACUGGUAUGCUGCGCGUUAGAGUGACAGAGAAGGCAUGAUUUUUAUUUUCAUCGAAGUUUGCAAAGCAUGCUAUCUCUCUCGUUAUCGUUUGCGAAUUUUUCGGCGGUUCUGUCAAACGAGAAAAAACAGCACCGCGUUUACGUUUGCUUCGUCGCGUGGCCGGCUUUUCCGGGUUUGUUCCGGAUUGUAGGUGAAAUCGGCAGGACAAGAAACACCCGCAGAUUAUCGCCUUGAGCGACGAUGCCAGCAAAGAGACCCAAACCAAACUAACCUCACUGACAUUGGCGAACCUCCGGUAAUUCCGUUUUCCGUCUAAAAAGGAACAAGAACUUGGACGACCCAUGCUGUAGCUUCACGAUGACGGCCGGUUUCAUAAUGUUUUGCCAGCUGGCUGGUCGGUAACACACAAGCUCAACACUGAAACUACCAUCGGAAUGUGGGCUGUUGCACGGUUGGCGUGCACUUCCGCUGCACCUAAACUACUUAACCGAAGCCGAAAGGUCCACUGCUCGCAAGUUUACGGUUGUGCAAGAACAUCCCCAGUGUCAAUAUAGACUGCACAAUCUGAACAUCUCCAAGAAGGUGAAGCUGGUCGCGGACAUCAGCCGACCACGGUCAGCAACCAGAACGCAUUCGCUGGUGCCCUGUUGGAUGGAUUCCAAAGAAGAACAAAGUACAUUCUCGUGAACGCCUGCGUCGACCGAAAGAGCUUCAAGUUUGUCGAGAAGGCCAACUUUGCGGAGGACGUGCGCGACACUUUGCGGUUCAAUUCCGGGUUUUCCGGCCCCUGAUGCAGUUCAACGACAGCGGCUUUAGCAAAUGGAGCUGCAGCGAAACCAAGCUGGACACCGAUUCUGACGUAGAGGACAACGACUUCAGCUAGGUCACGUCCCCUUUCAGAACCGGAACCAGAAAAUAGCGGUUGUGCCAAGUGGCCACUGGUUACAGGUCCGAGUGUUCUGUGGUGCUGCUGAUGAAAACAACUGAUUCCGGCAUCGGGUAGUAGCGGAACCGGUGCUGCAGGAUCGCGAGUGAAAUAAUACGGUCGUCAACUCCAGAAAGAAUAGAAACGGCAGUGGAGUAGACAUAUUCCGCUGUGGCCAAUCCGCAGAGCGUAGCGGCGCAGAAUCCCUUGGGCGGCCAGUUUGUCAGACGGUAAAUGAGGAAGCUACCCGUCUGAGUGGUUUCGGCGAGGUUCACCUAACUCCGCGGCGUCAUGCUAUGACGUAUUCUUCCGAAACGCCAAAGACAACUUCGCCCACCAACAAGCACAAGGUCUACCGCGCUCUACGACUAAUUCCCAAGCUCAACGUGAGUGUGGCACAGUCUACAAUAGUCCAAAAUGUGCCGCAGAAAGUACCAGAAACGGGACUUGGCCACGAUCUGAUCCGGUGCGAAGAUGUGCAUCUUGAACAGACGCAGGUGGUGGUCACGAAGACGCUGGUUGGCAGAAGCUUGUUCAACGAUAACUUUGAGUAUUUGAACAACAGCAACUGCGAGCUUAAUUGCUUUUGCUGUCAUCUCCGGACGAGAACCAGCAGCAUCGACACGAGCCGGGACUUUUCCGAUGACGAAGUGGCCAGUAAGAAAGAAGAAGACAUCAUCAUCAUGGGUGAAGGUGAUGACUAGGAGUCGGUGUGAAGAGGUACUCUGAUUUCUGAGCGAAGUUCAAGUGGCUUCCGAAAACAAAAUAAUCUCGGCUUCGUUCAUGGAGCCGGAGAUAGUCGUUCAGCGGUCCAUCAUCCAGGACGAGGAUCUGCUGCACAUCGAGGUCAUCACCAAGGACGAGGGGGCUUGGCCAAGGAUAAGUUUGACUACAACCAGAAGUUACAGUUUUCAGACGACGAGUCGGAAUCGAGCCCGCCGAAGGAUAUGCCGGGGUCAACAACAGCAACAACUUUACCACCAGGAAGUGGACAAGCGCAUGGCUUGAAGUCGUGAAGUGGAACCCGAUCAGGAGCAACGCGAACGCCAAGAGAGUGAAUCGGCCGUCCGUCAACAACUGCCACCAUUCUGUUGCGAGGGGCCCACGUCGCGUCAAAGAUUGUAGAAACUGGACGCCGAGGCCAAGGACCGUCUCAAGCUGCGACGCAAGGAGGACCAGCGAAGGGAGAUGGAACGCGAGUAGGCCGCGACCAGGAAGCUGCAGGAACUGGAAGCGUCCCAAUGACUUCGAGGAGGACGAUCGUUUCAGCAGUAGUGGCCGGGAGUCAUCCAGCAACAUGAGCGGAUGCGGCCUUGAGAAAAUUCGGUAGAAGCUGCGAUGGAAAGAGCAAGUCACUUAACGUGAGCGCAACCUCUUUGGACGCGAUGACGGAUAAAAAGGACGCUUCCGGACCACGAUUCUAGAACUACCCCCCUGCUGCUAUCCGGAU